AUGUCCUCGUCGCAGGACGGGGACAAUAUCACACCGCAAGCGAGCUACUCCCAAUCCGGGAUUAACAUCCUCGAUAUUCUCACACGCGUCGCGACUCGUCCUUCCCCGCAGGUCGACAUCGGGCCGGUGGACAUGGCAUGCGCCAUGACCAUUGCCCGCGUCCACACCGACAGUCCUUCCGAGAAGCCGCGGGUGGUUUUCUGCGAUGCAAGCGACGAUUUUUUACGGCUCUUUGGCUACGCACGUGAAGCCGUCGUGGGCCAGGCACCGGCAAGUGUUCUGCGCGACAUCAAGUCGGAGAGUACGGAAGCCGCUCAUUUGUAUGCGGCGGCCGCAAGCGGUGCCGAGCAGCAGGCGGUGCUAUCGAUGAAGCGGAAAGACGGCACAGCGUGCUCUGUGCUGAUGACGCUUAUUCCGCUGCCGUGCAAACCCAAGAGCGACGACAUGGUCGACGAGUCGAUCGAGUGGAUUGUCGGCUUCCAAGCCGUUGUUGCACCCGAUUUUAUCCUUGCUUCCCCCGGGGUCGAAGACGAGCUACAUACCAACUUUACGACGCCCCUGGGCCGCGCAGUCGAGACGCUCGUGAAAGAGUCAAAGCAUGGCAGCACGACCGGCGAGGACCAUGCCAACAUCCAAAUGAACGACGACGCGGAUACGUUUCACUUUGUCUCGUCGCGUGACACGCUGCAGUACGUCUCGCAGUCGGUCGAGCGCCUGCUGGGCUACCGCCCCGAGGAAGUCAUCGGCCGGCCCGUGCAGGAGCUGUGUGACCCCAACGACAUUGUUGCCCUGCUCCGUGAGCUGAAAGAGAUCAAGACGACCGGCACACGCACGCCGCAGCGCAAAGGCCGUGUGCGACAGGGAUCCGGGCAGGACGAGACGCUCUUCAGCUUCCUCGCUAAGACCAGCAAGAACGGCCCAAGCCGCGCGCAGUUUCCGGUGAAGCCGGUCCGUCUCGACGAGAGCGUGUCGCGCCACACGGUCCUUGCCGAGGUCAACGGCCUGCUGCGUAUGCGGCACAAGUCGGGCGAGCUCAUCUGGAUGGAGACGUCGGCGCGUCUCGUGCUGCAGCCUGGCGGCUCGGGCCGCAAGGCCCGUACAGUGGUCGCCGUGUCGGGCCGGCGCCGCAAGAACUACGCCGACGGCCCUGAGCCACCGGCGGUGAAGAGCGAGCCGACGCCGCCCUCCCCUCGGCCGCCCCCGCCUAUACCGUCGUGUGGCCCAACGUGGCUCACUCUCUCCUUUACCGGAGUCAUUCUCCAGUGCCUCGUGCUUCCUGACAAGCACGGCCGCGAGGAACAGCAGAACGAUAUCCCUGUGCGCAUCGGCUACGUCCUGCCGAACAUUAUCGACCAGGAGGCCAUGCAUGAGAUCCACCGCGUGAUGCAGAACGCCAAGCAGCGUCCUGUGAGUGUCGCGACGUGGAUCUCGCAAACGCCCGUCAUCUCGACGUGGGUCCCUCUUACGCCGAACUUGAUGAGCGCCGCACUGACGCGCAUCGGGGCGCGUGUGAUUGUGCGCCUCGACUUUCAGCGCAACGGGCUCGACCGCCCGCCGAACCGGCUGUUUGACCCCGACCCACGCUGGCUGGUAAUCCCCCAAGCGCUGACGCAAGGCGGCGCGGGCAGCGCACCGAGCAGCACCGUUGCGCCGAGUGUGUCGCAGCCUGCGCCGACGCAAGACACGCCGAUGCCGCUUGGCCUCAGCCAGAAGGGCAAGAUGAACAGAAACGAGUCGUUCUGGUGGAGCAGCGACGACAGCGCGUGGGAGAGCCGUGGGCACCUGCAGGCGCAGUCCACGACGAACUCCGCGUCGUUCCCAACGACCAUUGCCCCGUCCUCGCUGUGGGGCUCGACGGCGAUGGCCAAGGCGCCGAUGGGCACGCCGGUCUCGGUCCCCCACCUCUCCUCUGCGCCAAUUUCGAUGGGCUCCGGCCCCUUGUCGUCGAUGCCCGAGAUGACCGUGUCGGCCCCGUCGCAGCCCGCCGGCACGGUGAGCAUGCCUGAUAUCAACCUGUUCACCUCCGCGCCGUUCCACAACAGCCUGACGUCUGCCGCGCCCGCACACUCGGGCACCCACAUGCAUCCCCCGACGUCAAUUGCAGCGAGCCAGCCCGGAACGACGCUGCCGACGUCUAUGAGCGCGUUGAGCGGCCCCAAUUUCUCGCUGCCGAUGCAGACCGACAAAGACUCCAUGCACGCACUGUCGCCGCUGCCCUCGUCCGCGCCGACGACGACCAUGUCUGCAACUCCGCAUUCAUCGAGCCAAGCGGAUCCUUACUCGCUCUGGCCGUUCCAGAUCGCGAUGUCCUUCCUGCCGGACCUCCCGUCCGGCUUUGGCCGCGAUUCUGCCUAUCCACCUAUGCCAUCGCAUACGUCGGACCCACUUGCAGGUGCGCCUCAGAAUGUGUCCCCUCCGCGCCCAGUCCGGCAGGUGCGCGAUAAUUCGCCGCGCCCCGCAUUCAUGGACACCUCCGAGUACAGCGACGUGAGCCCGGCACGCAGCCCUCCGCGCGCCCUGAGGGGGCCUGCCGAGGGGCUACAGCAGAUGCAGCGGCCGCCGUUCAGCCCCCCACCGCCGGGGCCGGCGGCCACCGGCACGCCGCCGGGUGGUCCGAUGCGAUCGUAUGCCUCGUCCUCGUCGCUGCACCAGCAGGCCGCCAUGUCGCCGCAGGCGGCGGCACCACCGAGUCGCCCGGUGCAUUCGGCGCCGCCGCAGCGCGUGCUGCCUACCGAGCCGCCGCGUGCAGUGAGUGCACCGCGUGUGCCUUCGGCCGCGCCUCCUCCCGCUCCUGCUGCCGCGCCGCCCAGGCCGGCCGCGGCUCCUCCGACCGCGCCGCAAGCGAUCCACGUCCCUCUGCCCGAUUCCAAGUCGCUUGGCGAGCAGCGUGAGCGGGCCAUGGCAUCGAACAACACAUCCGAGCAGCUCCGCUGGGCAAUGCAGGUUGUCAAGUACGUCGAGCGUAUGCAAGCGAGCGAGACGCAGGUCGACGAGCAGGUCACGCAGUGGGUGGACGAGGCGAUUCUGCAGAUUGUCCAGGCUGCAUCGCACCCCGAGCCCGAAGGCGAGGCACUCUAUGCGCGUGGCGACCUCCUGGCCAGCGGCGCGUUCCCUACCUACGUGUCGAAAGACCUUCGCUCUGCGUUUAGCGACUUUGAGCGUUCGGCGCGCAAAGGGUACGCCCCGAGCUGGUUCCGCAUCGGCCGCGACUACGAGACGCUCGGAGAUGUUGCGCGUGCGCGUAGUGCGUACGGCCGUGGCGUGCAGCUCAGCGACGUGAGCUCGACGUACCGCAUGGGCAUGGCGACGCUGCUUGGCCAGCUGGAGCUCCCAGCCAACAUUCCCGAGGGUGUCAAGCUGCUGCGUACGGCUGCCGAUAUGUCGACGGUCGAUGUGCCGCACCCCGCGUACAUCUACGCGAUGCUGCUUGCCGGCGAGCUGAACAAUGUGAGCGUCCCUGUGACGGCCCUGGUCGACGGAAAUGUACAUGCAAAGAACGUGACGCAGGCGAUGCUCUACCCCAAAGCGCGCAGCUACCUGCAGCGUGCCGCCUACCUGAACCUCUCCCUCGCGCAGUACAAGUGCGGCUGGUGCUUUGAGCACGCGCAGAUUUCCUUUCCUUUUGAUCCCCUGCUUAGUGUACAGUACUACAGUGCCGCGAGCCAGGGCGGAGAGCCGGAUGCGGACAUGGCGCUCUCCAAGUGGUUCCUCUGUGGCGCGGACGGAUGCUUUGACAAGAACGAGACGCUCGCAUGGACCUUUGCCGAACGUGCGUCGCGCCACGGCCUGCCCACCGCCGAGUUUGCCCUUGGCUACUACAUGGAGGUCGGCAUCGGCACGCCUGUCAACCUCGACGGUGCGCAGCAGUGGUACGCCAAGGCGGCCGCGCAAGGCAACGCCGAUGCCGAGGCGCGCCUUGCUGCGCUCAAGUCGUCGCAAGAGGCGGUGCUCUCGCGCGCGCAGCACCAAGAAAACCUCGACAACCGUCUCUACUCGGAGCACACGCUUGCUCGUUCGCGAUCGACCGAUCACCCUCCCGCGCCGGCGCAGGAAACCUACCCCACGCGGACGACUGGCAACGCGGAGCUUGCGCGAAAACACACUAUGCGCAUGGUCGACGCGAGCGUGAGCCGCCAGCGUGUCGAGCGCGCGCCGCGUCCCCCGCGAUCGGGCGAUCCCGUGCAGUACCAGCGCAACCCCAGCGGACCGCCGCCGGGGCCGCCGGCUGCGGGGCCGCCCAAGAAGGGUCCCGCGACGUUCUCCGAGAUGGGCCUGCAGCCCAAGCAAGACCGCGACUGUACGAUUUGCUAA